AACGCACAAUUAACAACUCUAAUCAAUAAUUAAAAAAAAUCCUGUCUGAAAGCAUCUUCUCGUCUCCUCCAUUUUGCCUUCCACCACUUCAUCACUCUCCACCGACACCUCCUCCCCUUCAAAAGCCCUUUUAAAUUCAAUAAUAUACCUCCGCAUCCCAAUCUGAGAUCCUCAUUCUCCUCCAUCUAAACUCCCAGAUUCCGAUCUCCUCUUUUCAUCAAUAAAUCUGAGAGCACAAACUGAAAAAAAAACCCCUAUUUUCAGGAUUCUGGGUUUUGCGAAUUCUGCUUUCUACUGUCCGAAUCUACGCUUCCAGCUCAUCGACGAGCCCGAAUCGCGAUGCUGGAUCGGGUUCUCGGCCCGCUCAACGCGCGGCGGCUCCACCGCGUCUUCCGCAAGGCGAAGCUGACGGUGCUCUGCCUCUUCCUCACGCUGAUCGUCCUGCGCGCCAACAUCGGCGCCGGGAAGUUCGGCACGCCGGAGAAGGAUCUCGACGAGAUCCGCGAGACCUUCUCCCACAUCCGCAAGCGCGCCGAGCCGCGCCGCGUGCUGGUGGAGGCCGCCGACGAGCUGAAAUCUAGCGGAAAUGCGGAGAGCGGGAGCAACAACUACGCCGAGUUCGAUAUAAAGAAGAUCCUGAAGGAUGAGGACGACGGCGUCCCCGAAUUCCAGCGUGAUCUGUCGCAGCCUUACUCUCUCGGCCCGAAAAUAUCGGAUUGGGAUGAGCAGAGGUCCGAAUGGCUGAAAAACAAUCCGGAUUACCCCAAUUUCAUCGGUGAUAAUAAGCCUAGGGUUUUGCUGGUGACGGGUUCGUCGCCGAAGCCGUGUGAGAAUCCGGUGGGGGAUCAUUACUUGCUGAAAUCGAUUAAAAAUAAGAUUGAUUACUGCAGGGUUCAUGGGAUUGAGAUCUUCUACAAUAUGGCAUUGCUGGAUGCUGAAAUGGCUGGAUUUUGGGCGAAAUUGCCCUUGAUUAGGAAGCUUCUGCUUUCCCAUCCUGAGGUGGAGUUUCUAUGGUGGAUGGAUAGUGAUGCCAUGUUCACCGAUAUGGCGUAUGAAGUGCCGUGGGAGAGGUAUAAAGAUCAUAACUUUGUGAUGCACGGGUGGAAUGAGAUGAUUUAUGAUGAAAAGAAUUGGAUUGGAUUGAAUACUGGAAGUUUCUUGUUGAGGAAUUGCCAGUGGUCUUUGGACAUUCUUGAUACGUGGGCGCCAAUGGGGCCGAAGGGGAAGGUUAGGGAGGAUGCAGGGAAGGUUCUGACAAGUGCGCUCAAGGGCAGGCCGGUGUUUGAGGCAGAUGAUCAGUCUGCAAUGGUGUAUAUCUUGGCGACGCAGAAGGAGAAGUGGGCGGAUAAGGUGUAUCUCGAGAAUCACUACUAUCUCCACGGUUAUUGGGGGAUUUUGGUGGAUAGAUACGAGGAGAUGAUUGAGAGCUACCAUCCGGGGUUCGGUGAUCAUAGGUGGCCUCUUGUGACUCACUUUGUGGGUUGCAAGCCUUGUGGGAAGUUCGGGGAUUACCCCGUUGAGAGGUGCUUGAAGCAGAUGGACCGUGCGUUCAACUUUGGGGAUAACCAGAUCCUUCAGAUGUAUGGCUUCACCCAUAAGUCACUUGGGAGUAGGAGGGUGGUGAGGAUUAGGAACGAGACAAGCAAUCCUCUUGAAGUGAGGGAUGAGCUCGGCUUGCUUCACCCCUCGUUUAAGGCCGUGAAGACCGGGGGCUCUUCUUGAGGUGUGCAUACGAAGGGAGUGGAUGCUGGGAUUGUAUUUUUAAGUUAUGAUACAUGUCAUUUUUACUUAUAUAUCACAUGAUCUUUAGAGUUACCGUUGAUGUAUUCCUUCAUUUAUGGCGAUUUGUGCUGUGACAUAGUGUAAUUUUACGUUCGUGGUGAUGAUUGUUCUUCUCCACAUUGCCUUUUGUAGGUUUUGUGUAUCUUGAUUGAAAAGGACAGGGACCAAAUCAAAUUCUUGACCUUUAUAC